UUCAACGCAAGUAUCACCGCCCCCUGAUCAUGUGAGAAGAAAGAUUUAAAAGGUCUUUUUUCCCGAAAGUUUCCAAGCUCUAUGUAAUCUCGCAGGGGCGAAAUUUUUAUUGUUCGGGCAGCAGAGACACUUGCCAUCUCAAUGCUGCAAACCUUUAUGAGCCUGAAUUCAGUUUCGCGACCGUAGUACACCAGCGUUUUACUUGAAAUACUUAUAUAAAAAGUGGUACAAGAAAUAUGUUCAAGAAGCAUAAAAGCAAAGUGUUGAUAGACUAUGCAUCGGAAGAAGACGACAUGUCGUGCAGUCACCGGCGCACUUUCAAGUAUAAAGAUCCAGAUGGUAAGGAGGAAAUCGCAAGUUCCGGGUCAAAGCAGAUCAAAAGCAAAAAAUCUAAGUCCAAGAGAGAGAAAAACAAGAAAUCUCUGUUUAAAGAUGAAGAUGAGCAUACACUCCUGACAGGUGCCGCUUCAGAAAACGGAAAGGGGUCCAGCAAAAAGCAGAAAGAUAGGGAAAGAAAGAAAAGCUAUAUUGAAAGGGGUCACUGCCUCUGGGACAGUAUUACCAUGUCGAUGAGGCAGAUCACACCCGCCAAGAGGGUGGGCAAGACGGAAAGCGGGGAAGCAGCACAUCUCAGCGAGGGGACCGGCGUGGUGGGCGAUGCCAGUGUUGAUGCCAUGCUACAGCCGGACAGGUGUUCCUCCUGGACUGGUGCAGAGGAGGACUCAUCAAGGUACACCAACCUGAUAGAAUCCAAAAUCCCCAGCAUCCAGUGGACGGCCAGGGCCAAGGGAAGGCUGGCUGAAAUUAGGAGGCGGAGCCGAGAGGGUGUUUCUGAAAGGUGGGAGGGGCUAAAAUAGAAUUAUACCUGGAUAGGUGCUGCUAUUGGUUUUUAAAAUUUGUACAUAUUUAUUUUAAAUUUCGUAACAGUCCUAGAUGUCUUUGGACUUUAAAAUGUUGAAAUAGUUUAACAUGCUGAAGCUAAUUGGAGUUACAAAAUUGCCCGUAGGAGUGCAUGUGUGAGUGAAUGGUGUGUGAGUGUGCCCUGCGAUGGGCUGGCCCCCCAUCCUGGGUUGUUCCCUGCCUCGUGCCCAUUGCUUCCGGGUUAGGCUCUGGACUGCUACCUAGAAGGAUAAGUGGUUUGGAAAAUGGAUGGAUGGAUAGCUUAUUACAGCCCUCAAACAUUCAUUUUGUGAGAAUACUAAAACCAAAAUCAUUAUACCUUUCAUAUUUAAAGAAUCAGAAUGAAAGAAAUUAGAACACUGGUAUUGACGAUGAGGUUUUGCUUAUUUGUCAUUUUUUACUCCAGGACAGUAAUAAUGAUUAUUGUAUCCUGCAUUGUACUGUACUGUGAUAUAGAACCUAGAUGGCAAAGCUGCACCAGCUAGUGCUCAAUAGGU